AAAGUUUAAGAAAAAUCCCGUUUUUAAUUUUUAUGUUGCGCGUUUUGUUAUUUGUUUACAAAUUACUUCUGUUUUCUUACUUUUUAUAUUUCAUUGAGUUUUCUUAUUAUGUUUCUUCUUUUUACAUAAGGAGAAGUGUAGAAAUAUUAUUUAAAUUUAAGUAUCAAGAUUCUAGACUACUACGUGCUGCUCUUACUCCUUUGGUAGACACUUUGCAAAUCACUUCAUGUUCUCAUUAAUUAAUUGAAUCCGAUAUAUUUGCUAUAAAUAUGUCUGAUCGGGUUGAAGCAAUAUCGGGCUUACAACAGAGAAAGGUGUUUAAGAUCAUUGUAUUAGGAGACUCUGGAGUUGGUAAAACGUGUCUCACUUAUCGCUUUUGUGAGGGACAGUUUUUAGAUAAAUCGGAAGCUACUAUUGGUGUGGAUUUCAGAGAAAGGACGGUAAAAAUAAAGAAUGAAGAGAUAAAGCUUCAGCUUUGGGACACUGCAGGUCAAGAAAGAUUUAGAAAAUCCAUGGUACAACAUUACUACCGAAAUGUGCAUGCUGUUGUUAUAGUAUAUGAUGUUACCAAGCCAGAAACAUUCCAUUCAAUAUCAAACUGGAUGCACGAGAUUGAGUCUCACAGUCUAAUGGGAGCCCCGAGAGUGCUGGUGGGGAACAAGUGUGACUGCGGGACACCAGAGUCCAGGCUGGCUACCACUUACGCUGUGAGGCUGGCCGAUAAAUAUGGGAUGCCUUUGUUCGAGACCUCGGCGCUGUUGGAAUCCGAGUGUGAUAAUGUCGAGUCUAUAUUUCUGACGCUCGCUCAUAAGUUGUAUUCGAAACAACCACUGCGGGUAAUGAGUGUUGAGGGCGAGUUGGGACCGCGUGUGGUGACCCUCCCUCGACACAAGCGGGCUUCGAGAUCAGACACCUGUCUGUGUAGCUAGGAAGUGAAGCUAUGCCUACUGUGGGGGCCUUAACAAGAUCUCAAGCAUCUCUUCAACUGUCAAAUGUCAACUUGGCUUGAGUUCACACUAAUAGUGAUAAGCUGAAUCAGUUCAGUAGCUCCUUCAUUGUAUGAAAGAGCUUUUCACGCACAUAUAAAACUAAAAUUAUAUAAAAUUAAAUUUUUGUGUUGUGUUUACAGUAAUAUCUAGUAGUCACAUAAAUCGUUUGGUCGCCAAAUACGAAUUGUGAUUGGCGACAUAGCAUUAAACAAAAUUGUAAUUUUUAUUAUUAUUUGGAUUUAAUGGCAUUCGGAAAUCGCGUAACUCGAGAUAUUACUGUACUUUUAAUGUUAUUAAUUUAAAUUAUAUUUUUUUAAAUAUACUUCUUACCUGUUUAAAAUAGCACAUUUCAUCUCAAUCUUAGGUAAGUUACUAAUUCACAAGAACUUUAGACUGGUCUUUAAUAACAUAAUAUUAAUUAUACAUCCAUAUGUCAUAUGCCUGUUAAAUUAAGAAAAAAAUUGAUUAUGUCUAGUUGAUUUAAAAAACUUGGUUGGAUAGCACUUGCCGUGGUCAUUGUUUAACAGUUAGGUACAUAUUGGAGCAGUUAAAACAUAACUUACUUAUAUUUAAUGUGCUGUAAUAAUACCUUAAUAUUAAUUGUUAUUUAUCUACACCCAGAAUUGGAAUCCUCUAAAAGAUUCUGAAUCAGUUAGCUUAUUGCCAACAUUAAAACAGCCAGUCCUAGUAGUAACCUAAUAUCAUCCAUUACUGAUUAUAUACAAAUAAACUAAGUAUAAAUGAAAUAAUUAUUUAUUUUAGUACUAAAUUACAUUUUGUAUAGUGCAAUUUAUUAAAAUUCACUUGAAUAUUAUGCUCUUUUGCAGCGUUUGAAAUAUCUGGCGGUGUGCUGUCAAAACUUGAAUCGCUCAUUUUUUGUAAACAAAACAAUAAAAAUAUCGAAGAAAAAUGGCGGGGAUUCGAAUAACCUACUUUUUUUACGGCGCGAGACGUUCUGGUAGUGUGGAACGCGUGUAAACGAAAAUAUUCCUUUUUUGAAAUUCAUACAGAUACCACGCAUCGAGCAAUAAGGAUGUGUCUGUCUGUUGAAACUCUUUGCGCAUGAAUGGAUCGAAAAAAAAACAAAGGAGUGUUGUUAUAAAAAUUCAGUACAACAUUACACCACUCGUUUGGAUGAUGUAAUGGUUAUUAGAACAUUGGGUGUUUUAAUGUUGGCAAUAAGCUAACUGUUUUAGAAUCUUUAAUAGAGGAUUUAAAGCAUGGGUGUAGAUAAAACUAUGAAUGACUGCCAUGAAAGUCAACUUACAUUUAUUAGCCACUAGAAUCUAUGAAUUUAAUAUAACUGUCGAAUUUUAUACGUGCCAAAAAAAUAUGACAAUUAGUGAGUAAUUAUAUUACAUUAAUGAAGAUAUAAAUAGUAUUGUGCAGAAUUAAUUAAUUAAUGCAUGUGUUUAUUUUAUAAGAAAUAUUUUAUUAUAUUUUUAGUAUUUGUUUUCUUUGUCAUGAUCUCUUAUACAAGACUUAAUAUUUACUGUAUUGUUGUAGUGAGAACAAGAUUGUGAGAUUGUACUUUGUUUUUAUAUAGAUUACUUAACUUUUUGUGUUAAGAUGUUAUCUGUACAACUGGAUGUAAUCUAGAGUGGAAAGAAUUAAAUCAAAUUUAAAUUAA